AUGGGCGACGAGCCCGAGCAGAGCAACGACACAGCAGCAGGAGGAGGAGGAGGAGGAGGAGGAGGAGAAGGAAGAGGAAAUGAGCCGUUCGGACUGGUAUGCGAUUACGAGACGGGGAAAUUGGACCAGCCUCCAAAGUGCAUCAAUUAUAUCCGCGCGAAUCCGAGGCCGGACGCGGACCAAAACAGGAACUCGCCUGACGAGCAGCAGAAGAAGCGGUUGUAUUGGAUUUUUGCAAUUGUGGUCUUGGUCGUUAUUAUUGUGUUCGUGUUGGCGUUCAUGUGUUGGCGCAAGACUCAUGGCCAUAGCAGCAGUGGCGGAAGUGGCAGCGGCGAGGAUGGCUUGCAGCAGACCCAUUACCAGCCAUACAACGGCGGUGAUCCAGAGACCACCGGAGGAGCAGGAGCAGGAGGGAUGGAAGAGUGCACAGAGUACCUUUCAACAAACUACCUCUCAGGCCUGAGGACACCACGAGUAGUAGGACAAACAGGACCAGUCCAAGGGGGUGAACGUCGAGGCAGCACCAGCAGUCAGAACAGCGCCCACUCGACUGUAUCCUGGAGAAGUAACGGGCGCCGUCUGAGUGUUGCAGAAAAGAUGGUGCUGGACCGGGACUGUGCACAGGAUCAUGAGUUUAUGAAUCGAGCGAGUCAAUCGUAG